UGACUGGAGAGGUGAGGGAUCUCGGAGCAUUUACAUUAAUAUUCAUGUCUCCUCCAUUUUGCAGGUUAACACAGUAGUGAAGAAGACUUCCGGUGAGUGUGAGACACCCAGCAGCCAUCACAUUGUGUGUAGGACUGAGCAGGACCCAGAGCCCCAUCACGGUGCCUCCAUCUCAGUCACUGACACAUGAGAGACACAAUGAUCAGAAGAUCCUGGAACUCACCAACAAGAUCAUUCAGCUGCUGACUGGAGAGGAGGGGGAGUAUAUAGAGGGAUACAGAGGUCAUUACAAGGACGUGAUGAUGGAGAAUCACCGGCCCCUCACAUCACUGGAUGGGCCCAGUAACAGAGAUACCCCAGAGAGAUGUCCCCGUUCUCUGUAUUCCCAGUAUUGUACAGAGGAGAAUCACAGGAUCCCACAGGAGGAUCAGGUAGAACGUCUUUCUCGUAUAAAGGCAGAAGAUAUAAGGAGAGAAGAAGAGACGUAUGUGGCUGAUAUAAAGGAAGAAGAUAUAGAUGGAGAAGAAGAGACGUAUGUGGCUGAUAUAAAGGCAGAAGAUAUACAGGGAGAAGAAGAGACGUAUGUGACUGAUAUAAAGGAAGAAGAUAUAGAGGGAGAAGAAGAGACGUAUGUGGCUGAUAUAAAGGCAGAAGAUAUACAGGGAGAAGAAGAGACGUAUGUGACUGAUAUAAAGGAAGAAGAUAUAGAUGGAGAAGAAGAGACGUAUGUGACUGAUAUAAAGGCAGAAGAUAUAGAGGGAGAAGAAGAGACGUAUGUGACUGAUAUAAAGGCAGAUGAUACAGAGGGAGAAGAAGAGACGUAUGUGACUGAUAUAAAGGUAGAAGAUUUAGAGGGAGAAGAAGAGACGUAUGUGACUGAUAUAAAGGCAGAAGAUAUAGAGGGAGAAGAAGAGACGUAUGUGACUGAUGUAAAGGCAGAAGAUAUAGAGGGAGAAGAAGAGACGUAUGUGACUGAUAUAAAGGCAGAAGAUACAGAGGGAGAAGAAGAGACGUAUGUGAGGGGUGAUCAGCAGUGUAAGGAGGAGGAGAUCCCUACAGAUAUCAGCACAGCAGAUGGACACACAAGCAGGAAUAUCACAGAAGGACAUCUAAUGUUAUCCCUGGAUUCUGAAAUAACCAAUUAUGACAGUAGACAGUAUUCUCCAGGAGCUAACCCCAUUACCCCAAUUAUACAUCCAGCUCUAUCAGCUGAUCCCUCUGAUCCUGGGAAAUGUUCUCCUGAUCACUCUGAUAUUGGUGCAUCUGUUACAGCUCUGAGAGUAGAUACAGUGUUUCCCUGGUCUAUAGAUGCCAAAUGUUUUACACAGAACACAAACCUUAUUACUCAUCAGCCAGCUAAGGCAGGUGAGAGGCCAUUUCCAUGUUCUGAGUGUGGGAAAUGUUUUACAUAUAAAUCACAUCUUGUUAGACAUGAGAGAAGUCACACAGGUGACAUGCCAUAUUCCUGUUCUGAGUGUGGGAAAUGUUUUGCACAGAAAUUACAUUUUGUUACACAUCAGAGAAGUCACACAGGUGAGAAGCCGUAUUCCUGUUCUGAGUGUGGGAAAUGUUUUUCAUCGAAAUACCAUCUUGUUAGUCAUCAGAGAAGUCACACAGGUGAGAAGCCAUAUUCCUGUUCUGAGUGUAGGAAAUGUUUUGCACGGAAAUCACAUCUUGUUAUACAUCAGAGAAGUCACACAGGUGAGAAGCCAUAUUCCUGUUCUGAGUGUGGGAAAUGUUUUUCAUCGAAAUCAGAACUUGUUAUACAUCAGAGAAGUCACACAGGUGAGAAGCCAUAUUCCUGUUCUGAGUGUGGGAAAUGUUUUACACACAAAUCACAUUUUGUUAUACAUCAGAGAAGUCACACAGGUGAGAAGCCGUAUUCCUGUUCUGAGUGUGGGAAAUGUUUUUCAUCGAAAUACCAUCUUGUUAGUCAUCAGAGAAGUCACACAGGUGAGAAGCCAUAUUCCUGUUCUGAGUGUAGGAAAUGUUUUGCAUGGAAAUCAGCUCUUGUUAUACAUCAGAGAAGUCACACAGGUGAGAAGCCAUAUUCCUGUUCUGAGUGUGGGAAAUGUUUUUCAUCGAAACCAGAUCUUGUUAUACAUCAGAGAAGUCACACAGGUGAGAAGCCGUAUUCCUGUUCUGAGUGUGGGAAAUGUUUUGCACACAAAUCACAUUUUGUUAUACAUCAGAGAAGUCACACAGGUGAGAAGCCGUAUUCCUGUUCUGAGUGUGGGAAAUGUUUUGCACACAAAUCACAAUUUGUUAUUCAUCAGCAUGCUCACACAGGUGAGAUGCCAUUUUCCUGUUCUGAGUGUGGGAAACGUUUCGCACAGAAAUCCGCUCUUGUUACACAUCAGAGAAUUCACACAGGUGAGAAGCCAUAUUCCCGUUCUCGGUGUGGGAAAUAAGCUCUUUUUUUUAAAUUGUGUAUUCUUUAUUGUAAGUUUUUUAAACCCCCCCCCCCCCCAAAAAAAAAAAAAUACAACAAACAAUUAUUAAAAUACUUGUAACGAGCGCUAAAAAUUAUGAGAAUUAUAAGAAAGUGGCACCUGUAAGAAAGAUUUGUUAAUACAAAACGUGUUUACAGCUCCUUUUGGAGAAUUUGAGCUCAGUCCGUCACGAUUUCACAAAAUGUGGAAGUUCUAACUUUCCCUAACUACUAACCGGUACCAUGCAGGGCUCCAAGAUGUAGUAUGGUAAGUCCUCUUCUCCCGUGCCACUGCGUCCAGCGGUGGGAGAUCGCGGUUAGUUGUUAAGUCGCGGCUCGAUGACGUCACACUGCGGCUCGGCGUCAGGGAAUUCGGGACGGUCAAAUGGUAAACUGUAGCUCUGUGCCUCCAACGCGUUUUGUGCGUCACAAUCAUGGCAGAUACAGUAGAGCAUGCAAUAUGCCGACAGGAGUACUGUCAGACAAUGUAUACCAAAUAAAAUUACAAUACAUACCCAACAAAAACAGGAUAUAUAAAGCACUCAUCAGUAUAACAUUAAGCAAUAGGAGCACACAGGCGCCAUGUGAGCUCACAUAUCUAGGAUAAAGUGAGAGUAACCUAUAGCUGAGGAAUAUAGAGAUACAGAGAUAACUAUAUUGCAGGCCAUGAAUAGAAUAGGCAUAGAGUGAAGGAAUAUUGAAAAAAAUAUAUAUAAUUCCGGAGACAUCUGCCAUAAAUCUAAGCAGAAUAAAACAAAACCCUACAGUCUCUAACUAAAUCAAAACAAACCCCGCACCCUGUAUAACCUAACCCCAACCUAGGUAUACCUGGAUCCCCAUAACCCGCCCACCUAAGCUACUUAACUUGUCUAAGCCCUAAUCCCCACCCCAUACCCAAAAUGAGGAUAAAUAAAAUAGAUAUCUGACUGGGGCAACUGAAAAGAUAAUAUCAAAGGAUCUAACUCUAGUAGAACUUCCACGUAUAAACUUACAUAUGUGAACAUAAAAUAUGAAGGAUAGUGUUUGCUAUACCCAAUAGAUAUUCCAAUGCGUAUCUAGAUACAUAAGCUCUUAAAUGAACAUUUUUCAAAUUAAACAUAGUGUGUAACUGUAAUAAAGUUAGGCCGAUAAUAAGACAUACAAAAAACAUGAGAAUGGACAAUAUUUUACAGAGAAUCAGUGAGAAAAUAAAACAUAGCGAGGGUCCUGGCAACAGUGAAUCAGUACACAGACUUGGAAAGAAACAAAUUCAGUCUGGGGGACGGGCCCAUUCCGGAACCAUAUAGCCCAACAAUUCACAAACAGUAACCAGCAAACAAAUGGAGUCAUCAGCCAUCUUGUACAGCAUUAUCCAAGUAGAGAAGAGUAAAGGCCUCAGGUCCACAAAAAUUACAGAAUGGAAAUCCAUCCCCCUCCCUAGCACCUCAACGGACUGCAAUGUGAUACAGUACAGUUCUCCAGUGUUCAAAAAGUCACAUUUUGAGGCCCUGAAUGAGAUUACAGUGUGGGUCCACACAGUCCUAAUGACGAGAUGGAGGCUGCCGCUGACAUCCCAUGCACCAUCGGAAACCAGGAAUAACGGCGAAUACGCAUGGGAUUAAUCCGCAACUCCCCCAAUUUAUAACUUGUUGUGUAGCGGAACCCACAGGCUCACCCAAGGGCUCCGAGGGCAUCAACACAGGUAGGCAGGCAGACUGUUCAGGAGAAAUGGGCACCGCAACAGUCUCUUCUCCAAACAUAGCAAGAAUCCUUUUCUCAGAUUCCAUAGCAGCCUUCAGGAUAGAGGAGGUUAGAUGUUCAGAGGUACUAGCAGGGUUAAACAUGGCUGCAGGGGGUGCCUCACCAAAGCCAGUAAUAUGUAAAGAAGCACAGAAUAGCAGAUAGAAAUAUUAGAAAGGUCCAGUCUCAAACAGUCAAUAUCAGAGGUAUGAAACGCAGAAGAAAUGGCAGUUCUGUGUGUUCAUGAUGAAGGAGACCUCAGUGUUCAGCAGAGAGCUAUAGUGAAAAAAAGGUGUGCGCUCACUAGGGAAGCAUAGGAGAGAAGUAAUGAAGUUCCUAGGGGCCCGGUCAAAAGAUGGCAUCUACGUGGCGGGAAAGCACUCUUAAUAAGCUGCUCACAGGGUCGGCCAAAAUGCAAGGAUUCCGCUCGCAAUAUAAGGCGACAGCAGCGGCACAGACACGGAGUUAAAAGCACCACUCAGAAGAAGCCGCCCCGCAUUCAGCUUGGGUAAAUAGUCGGGUAGUAGAAGUGGCGGAUCCGCAGCAGGUAAGUUUGGCCACAGUAAACAUGCGGUCAAUCCCGGUGAUGUAGUAGUCUCCCACCACAGCCAGUCAGUGCCAGCAGUCCCCGAAUCAGCAGCCCACCAGCCGGAGUGGUCAGGAGAGGAGAGCCGUAGCUGGAAGUGAACUUGCGCACAGCACAAUGUCAGGCAGUGAGGCCGGCCGCGACACCCAGGAUGUAGGCCACACUACGCAGCUCCGCAAUGCCAAGGUUUUUCUGCAGCUAGAGACAGCACAGACACCAAAAGAUGCAGCACACUGGAACACCCCUGUGGAGCAAUUUCCAACGAGAACGUAGUAGGGAGCAGGAUAUAUCAGCAGGAUGUUGGUCGGGAAAUAAGCUCUUGAUCGGCAUGAGAGAAGUCACACAGGUGAGAAGCCGUAUUCCUGUUCUGAGUGUGGGAAAUGUUUUGCACAGAAAUCACAUCUUGUUACACAUCAGAGCAGUUACACAGGUGAGAAGCCAUUUUCCUGUUCUGAGUGUGGGAAAUGUUUUGCAUAUAAAUCACAUCUUGUUACACAUCAGAGGAGUCACACAGAUGAGAAGCCAUUUUCAUGCUGUGAGAGAAAUAAAUCCGCUCUUGUUGAACACAUUAGACAUUACCCAAGUACGGAACCAUUUACAUCUUCUGGAGUAUAAUUAUCACUGUCGUCCAAUGUUCCUCGGGUGAAUCCUAUCUCCUAUGCUUUAUAAAAUAUACAUGCUACCACUGGGUGAUAUAAUCAGACGUCAUGGCCUGGUCUACCACUGCUAUGCAGAUGACCUGCUUUUUGCUCCAUGUACUGAGAACCGAAUACCAAUAAAUGGUUGUCUAGCUGAGCGCCAGGGGUGGAUGAUGCCAGUUGGCUGUGACUCAGUCUUUGUGAAACAUAAUAGAAGCUCCCCAACAAAGGACAAGACUACAGCUUUACCAACCAUCUGGAUUUAUGCUUUGGUGUUCAGAAUUGCAAAAUACUGAACAUGUGCUGAAUCUUUGUGUUGUCCUGGUAUGUGGCUGACACAGACAUCAGGUAUCUGCCACAUACAAAUCCUCAUUCUUCCAUCUGUGGACCAUAGCCAGAAUCAAGCACUUGAUUCCCUCAGAAGUUCAUAGACUACUUCAAUGCCAUCUACCUGGGUCACCCAGCAAAAGAAUUACAAAGCUUGCAGCUAGUACAGAAUGCAGCAGCCAAGCUGUUACCUAACCUGCCCGUUCCUGCCUCCUAACACCCAUUCUCUACUCCCUUCACCGGCUGCCUGUAAGAUGGAAAAUCUAUUUCAUUAUUGGCUAACUGACCUUCCCAGCCCAACAUUACAUGGUCCAAGGUACUAGAAGCAGCUUCUGCCUCCUUACUGCCCUGCUUGCUUGCUUCUACAGAUGAAGGACUGUUACCAGCAGUACCAAGAAUCUCCUGUCAUUCAUUUAUGGGUUGAACGUUUAGUUUUGCUGCCCUGACCAUGGAACUCGCUGCCUUGCACAGUCCAAGAGGCCUCCACUCUAGAGACCUUCACAAACAGACUAAUGACUGUUACUCACGCUUUUCAUUAAUGUACCUCUAUUUACUUCCUAAAUAAUACAUCCCAAAUGCUUAGGUCUUUUUUCUGCUGUUUAUUUUGUAUCUUGUGCUUUGUGUAAAUGUGAAUGUCUAAUACCAGUUUGCACAAUCUGUAUUGCUGCACGACAAUAUGGCGGCCAUUGGAACGUGUUUUCACUUCUAGUUUGCCUAACUUGUUGCAGACACUCAUCUUGAUAAGGAGUGCUGAGUGUUUUCUGAUACAAGAUCCUAUCCAUAUAUACCCUGUACAUUACCAUGUGCAUUAGAGUCACCCGGGUUCCAUCUGCGGUGGUUUGUUGUAUGUUACAUCUAUAUGGUGCGGAUACUCCCCUGUAUGAUUUCAUAAUAAAAGCUUUUGUUUGCAUCUAA